AUGAACUGGUGCGACUGGGGGGGGUUGCCCCGGUCGAAGCUCCCCGGUCUACAUACGACUUUCGACACGGCCUCCUCAUAUCUCGAGGCCCUCGCAGAUCUCAACCUCGAGCACCUGAUCAAUCAAAGGAACGAUGCGGUCGAGUCAGCAGAUGACUGCCGGCGGAAGUUCAUAGCGCGCAAGCUGUUUCUAAAGCUAGCCAAGGACAAACGCCUCACAAAUCCGUCCCUAGAGAAAGGGCCGUUCAAGAUCUGGUGCGACGACCUGCGGCCGGCCAACAUCCUCCUGAAUGAGGAUCUGCAAAUUGUCGGCGUCGUAGACUGGGAGUUCACCUACGCGGCGCCUGCUGAAUUCACGUAUGCGCCCCCCUGGUGGCUGCUGAUUGAGAAACCCGAGUACUGGCCCCAGGGCUUGGAGGACUGGACAAGCGUGUUUGACUAUCAUCUCAAAACGUUCCUCAAGGUGAUGAAGGACUGCGAGGACAAGGCGAUCCAACAGGGCCGUUUGAAAGAGGACCAGCGGCUCUCCGGUCCCAUGGGCCAAAGCUGGGAGAAUGGUGAUUUCUGGAUCGUGUAUGCCGCGUUGCACAGCUUCGCCUUUGAUACCAUCUACUGGCAGAAAAUUGAGCCUCACUUUUUUGAGCCUACUGAGAGCCCCGAGGGAGCACGGAGAGAGCGACUCGACCUGUUGGAUGCCAAAGAAAAGGAAGAGAUGGAAGAUCUGGUAGCGCUCGAAUGGGAUCGACUAGAGACGAUGCGAAAAGCCAGCGCGGCCAGUCGCAAAAAGUCCGCCACCAAGUCAGCCGCCAACAAACCUUACUCCCGACCCGAAACAAAACCCUCCGCGUCUGCGUCUGCGCCUGCAAGCCGCAAAAGAAAAGCCCCAACUCUCGACGAAGCAGAACCAGCCCAACCAGCCCAACGCAAACGCCAAAAAGACGUCCCCGCAUUCGUCCCCAAUGAACCCCCCACGCGCCGUCUCGACGUCUACGUCUUCGGCACCAACUGCUACGGCGAGCUCGGUCUCGGCGACGCAACAAAGAAAUCCGAACUACCCGGCCCUGUCCUGAACCCCAAGCUUGCCGCCGUCUCUGUGGGCGUCGUGCACCUCACCAUUGGCGGCGUGCACUCCGCCGCCCUGACGCACGACAACAAGAUCCUUACCUGGGGCGUCAACGACGAGGGGACACUCGGACGCGAUACAAAGGAGGAUCCGAUAGAGGUGGACGAGACGCCCAACGGAGCCGACCAGUCGGAUUCCGACUCCGACGAUGACGAGGUCACCCUCAACAUGAAGGAGGCCACACCCGCCGCCGUCGACCCGGCGCAUUUUCCCAAGGGAACGGUGUUUACGCAGUUGACCGCCACCGACAGCGCGACCUUUGCGCUCACCCGUGACGGACUGGUAUACGGAUGGGGCACGUUCCGGGGCACAAGCGGCGUAAUCGGCUGGUCGCCCACGACCAAGUUCCAGCGCACGCCCGCGCUCAUCCCGGGCCUCAAAGACGUGACAAAAUUGGCCAGCGGCGCGCAGCACGUGCUAGCGCUGACCGCGCACGGCACCGUGUACAGCUGGGGCUGCGACGAGCAGCGGCAGCUGGGCCGGCGACGCGCCAGCCGCGCGCAAGACGCCGACCCGCUGCUCCCCGGCGAGUGUGCGCUGCCGCCGAACAUCGUCGACGUCGACGCCGGGUCGUACCACUCGUUUGCGGUGCGCAAGUCCGGCGCCGUCUAUGGGUGGGGGUCGAACAAUUUCGGGCAGACGGGGAUUGCCGCCAACGCCGGGGACAGCGACGCGGUCGUGCUGUUCCCGACCAAGGUGGCCAGUCUUCGCGAGCACCGGCCGAUCAAGAGUAUCACGGGCGGGAAGGAUCAUAGUGUGGUGGUUGCGGGCGGGCGGUGUCUCGUCUGGGGUCGGAUCGAUAAUAAGGCGUUGGGGGUGGGGGUUGAGGAUAUGCCAGCGGCGAGCGUUGUGCGGGAUUCGUACGGCAAGCCGCGGAUUCUGACGGCCCCGACGCCGGUGACGGGGAUCGAGGGGGAGGUCGUCUUUGUCGAGGCGGGCCCCGACCACACCUUCGCCAUCACCGACAAGGGCGCCGCGUACAGCUGGGGAUUCAACACGCAGUGUCAGGCGGGACAGGGCCGCAUCGAUGAGGUGGAGCGUCCGACCCUCCUGCAGAAUAAGCAUGUCAACGGCAAGAAGCUGGUGUGUGCAGCUGCUGGGGGUCAGUUCAGUAUCAUUGGGGGAGAGCAUGCGCCGACGAAUGGUGUGCAGGGCUGA